AGAUUCCAAUUCCCAUUGCAAUUGAAUAUGAAGUAUGAGCAAAUCAAAACAAGCAGUGAGGGCAAAUACACAAAAGGCAAUUUAUGGGAAUGGCACCAGCGAAGAAAGGCAAAACAAAAACUGAAACGAGUCAACCAAAAGAAUAUGAAUUCCCAGCAUGUCUAAGAUCAAUUUCUCCAUCCUCUGUUGCCAUCACCAUUCAUGCUAAACCUGGCUCCAAACUCUCCUCCAUCACCGAUGUAAGUGAUGAAGCUGUUGGAGUACAGAUUGAUGCCCCUGCUAGAGAUGGUGAAGCCAAUUCUGCUUUGCUCGAUUUUAUAAGCUCCGUUAUAGGUGUAAAGAAGAGGCAAGUUUCUCUUGGUUCAGGUUCAAAGUCGAGGGACAAAGUGGUGAUUGUACAGGAUGUAACUUUACAGAGCGUGUUUGAUGCUCUGAAUAGAGCUGUGAAAUCUUAGCUAAUGAAUGAACGAUACGAUCAAUGUGUAUAAGAGGUGUUUUCAAUUGUUAGGAGUUGAAAUCAUGUUUGUGCAUCUCAUAAUCCUGCACUGUAAGGUGCUGAGUGGCUAUGAAACCUUAGCAUUUCGGAAGCUGUUUUCAGAUGUCGGUUACUAUUACAACAGGCUGGUGAUCCUGAAUAUAGUUUUUGUGAAGGUGCAGGUAGUAAUGUCUGAUUCUUAAUUCGCAUUGCUCAAUAGCACUUCUGUAAAACCUCUUCCCUUCAUAUGAUAAUCAUGUAUUCAUGUGUUUUA